AUGAGGGAGAAACUGCAGAAACUGCAUUUUUCUUUUUUUCUUUUUUUUGUUUUCCUUAUCUUCGGUCUGUUUGCGGUUCUUUCUGAGCAGCAAACUCCACUUGCAUCAGCAGCAGCAGCAGCAGCAGCAACAGCAGCAGCGGUAGCGACAGAUGCAGAUGCACUAGCAGCAGCAGCACCAUACACAGACGCAUAUAUAGCAGCGUUUGUGAAAACCGACACACCAGUAAAAACAGAAGAAGAGGGAGACGCAGCAGCAACAGCAGCAGAAGCUGCAGCAGCACUCUCUCCUGCUGCUCCCUGUCCUCCUGCGUGUUCUUCCUUUUCAACUGAAGGCUACCACGAAGAAGAGGGGGCAGCGUUGCAGUGUAUAGACAGCUGGGGGCGCGCAGCAGCAAACGAAGAACAAACAAAAACAGAGCAAAACGCCCCUGGCUUCCUUAGAGCCCCUUUCUGCGCGGGCCACGUAGACGUCUUCUUCCCCUCAGGCGAAAUUCAUCAGCAGCAGCAAACUGCUGGCAGCAGAAAACAGCCAAGUGGUGGACACGCCACACACAGCAGCAGCAGCAGCAGCAGCAGGAGCAGCACGAGGAUCAAGCGGCAUCAGCAGCUGCCGCUGCAGCAGACGCAAGUCGAGCAACAGCAGCAGCAGCUGCAGCAGCAGAAGCAGCAGCAGCAGCUGAUGAUGAUGAUGACGGCCUGCAAUACCCAGGGAUAG